AUGCGCUCCUCACUAGAAGACAUCCCUGAUGAGAUCAUCCGCCACAUCCUGCUUUAUGUGUCGCCUGAGCACACCCUCCUCAGCAUCCAUCGGGUCUCACGCCGACACCAUCAACUGGCUAGUGAGCCUUUACUGUGGCGCUUUCACUGCCUCACCUCGUUUCGAUUCUGGCAUCCUGAACAUGGGCUCGAGGAGAAGCUGAAGGCGCUCGCGUCGUCGGUGGACUGGAAGGGGCUGUGGAAAAUAAGGAAAUCGCGGAAUCAAAGGGCAGCAGAACUGCUCGAUGGGAUAAUUGCAACAAAGUUCACCCAGCUGAAGCGCAUGCAGGCCCUCUGUGAGAUGGGAUACGAUGUGAAAGACUACCUCCUUACACAAUGCCACGCCAGUUAUGAUAUGGAUGAUGUCCUAGCUAGGAGGUAUUACGCCAACUCAGCCUUAGACAGCAUCCAUAAAGGAGUGGCUGUCGAUGUGUGGUCGCGAUAUCAGGGCCAUGCCUUGAGCUCCGAAGGCCUCGACACUGCCCUCGCCGCUUUCGAUAUGUUUGUGUUGCACGACCAAGACGAGGACCUCGAUUAUGUCGUAAGCACUCUCGACGAUAUUGCGAAGCGGUUCAGGGCCGAGCACCCAGGAUUCAAGGACCUCUCGACAAGGGAAAAGGCACUGGCCCUAGUGCGUUGGCUGCGAGCACACAACCUUACAGGCAUGGGGGAUCCCGAGAUAAAUUACCGUAACCUCAGAAACUGCUUCAUCGGCCAUGCCUUGUCCAUGGAAAGCCACGACUCCCUUCCCAUCAUCUCCAGUGCUAUUUUCACCUGUGUCGCAGAGCGCCUGGGUCUCAUAGCAUUUUGCCUGGCCUUUCCAAGCCAUGUCCACGCCGCGGUAUAUGCGCCACCAGGAAAGGACUUGGAUGGCGAGGAGACGGACGAGGUGGAGGGAGAAAAGAGGCGGAUGUGUCUGGAUCCAUAUGGGUCGGACAACGAGAUCGCCUUCAGCGAAUUGCGAGAACGGUUCCGCGAGAUAGGAUGGACCCAGGGACCAGACGCCUUUCUUAGACCAUCACCGGUCCCCACCAUCGUACAGAGGACGGCGCAAAAUUUCAAAGCCACCUACGACACGGUACACAGCCUCACGGGUAACGAUACCUUGUCGGCCGAGAUGACGCGCCUGCGGAGCGGGCAUUCUGGCCUUAACCUCGACGCAGCUGUUUACGCCUCCAUGUGGGCCGAGCUCCUGAUGAAACAAACCUCGGGCUUCCAUUGGGAUUCGCACUUAGCCGUCUUCCUCCAGAAGUUUGCCCUCUCUUGGAGCGAGGAUGCCUGGCUUGUCAAGCGCUACCUCGCACCUCUCUACGACAAGUUCGUCAACUCGCAACCCGCCGUCCGGUCACGUACCGGCUGGAACAACGUGCAUGAUAUUCUUGGGAUGCUUGAUAACCUCGAUGCUCGCACCCCCGAGGUCAGCCUGCGCUACACCGAAGAUAUCUGCACACGGGUCCGUUACAAGAUCGGCCAGGUCUUCCGCCAUCGCCGCUACGGCUACAUCGGUGUCAUUAAUGGUUGGGCCACUAUGGGAACCGUUGACCUACCGAUGCCGCACUACCUCGAUGCGGCCGAGGCCGAAGAGGAAGGGGAUGUCUAUGACCCGACCGAGUCGGUGCAUGCGAGCCGUUUCGGGCCGCAAAGGACCUACUAUACUUCCCUUCAUCCUAGGAAAACAACAGUUGACCGGCUCCGUGUCGCCCAAGACAAUGUCGUGGUCAUCACCGACCCGAGUCUCAUUCCUGACGAUCUCUUCUUCCUCGCGGGUAAAUUCUUCCGCAGAUUCGACGCCAGCACCUGCACCUUUGUGUCAAACAUGAAGGAGUGUUAUCCUGAUGAUUGA